UGUGUGAUUGUUGUGAAUUACGGGAGGAUUGUCACCCAAUUAUUGGGUUUGUGUACAUUUACUUUUGGUGUUUGUUAUUUUUUGUAUACAUGCUUGGGGUAUUAAAACGCCGUUGGAAGCCUAAAAGAGCUUCCAACGGUAAUCGAUUAUCCGCUGAUAAUGUGAAUUGUUCGGUCCCCGGUGAUAUUAUACUAGAAAAACCCCGUGUAACCCCAUCUCCCCGACAAGUACAUCCAGUAUGCGAAGAAAAAGCACAAUUACUUGCAUAUGAAAAUACAAAAAAACCAAAUAAUAGUCGUGACACAAACUCUAUCCAUCCACCAACAACACUAACGCCAUUAGUGAUGCCAAUGACACAACAACACACAUCCACAAUGCAAUAUCCAUUAACACCAAAUAUUUGUGUAGAAGGUGGUCGUAUAGAGUUUAUAAAAACAUCACCAGAUGUCGACAAUGUAUCAUCACAACAACACCAAAUGAAUCGUUUAACGACGCCACCAUCACCGACGCUACCACCACGAUAUACAGCAGCAGCGUCGCCACCAACACCGAUCGCACAUAGACGACGCUCAACGGUUACAUGUGAAACUAUUGCUAUACAAGAGAAACCAGAAACUGUAUCACGCUCACAACAAACUACGGAUUUUAUUGAAAAGUACGACAUCGAAAAGGAAUGUUUAGAACAACGUAUUAUGGACUUAGAGUUAGCAUUAGAACAAGAACACAAAGCAAAUCAAAAAGAUAAAGUUGCUAUUGCAAAACUUCAACGCCAACUUUCUAGGAGAGAGUCGGUCCAGCGCGAUGCAGAACGAGAACGAAAAUUACGUGCUGAAUCUGAGGUGCGCAUGCGUGAAGCUGGAGCAGAAGCAACUAGAUAUCGUACACGACUCAAAUUUCUUACACAAGAAUUUGCCAAAAUGGAAGAAUCUGUUCGCGCUAUGUUGGCAUACAAAAGUCGAGCUGAGCAAUUGAAACAAGAAAAAGCAUCUUUGACACUAGCGUUUGAGGCACGUUCUCAACAUUAUCAAGCUACUAUUGCACGGUUAAGUCAAGAAGUAUCAACAUUACGUCAACAAUUAGAAUCCGUAUCAGGUUCACCAGAGAAUUGUAUUGCUGCACUAGAAGCAGAUAAUGCAACACUACAGCGACAAGUACAAGAAGCUCGUAAUCAGUAUGAACGUUGUUUAGAUGAUGUAGCCAAUCAGGUUGUACGCGCCUUAUUAUCACAAAAGACAUUACGAGAAGAGAUUGUUUCGUUGACACGUCGUAUUAGAGAAUUAGAAACACAAAAUCGUGCCUUAACAUCUUUAUUGGUGCAACAGUUACGUACGGGAAGUACACCCUCAUCGGCAAUGAUUACACCAAAUUCAGCUGGUGAACAAUUAGCAUUAGAUGGUGAUAUACAUGACUUAACAAAUUCAGCAUUGUCUUCCCCCGGUAGUUUAUUUCAUUCGCCACCUGAAGAACGUAUAUCAUCGAAUUUAAAACAUUCAAAUUCAUUUAAUUUUCAACAAAAUCGUAAUAUUGAUAAACGAUUUUCAACUGGCGAUUUAAUUUCAUCGUAUAAUGAGAAAGUUUUACCAAGUGGUGAACUUGUUGCUUGUAUUAGUGAGAAACGAUUAUCUGCCAAUGUAUUAGAUUCAUGUGAAGAUAAUGGAUUAUCUUUGGAAGAUAAAAAACGACAUCAAGUAUUAGCAGAUUUAUGGAAAGAUUUACAGGGUUCAGAAGUUACACCACAAAAGUUGUUAAAUGCAUUAAGUGCUUUAGAAUCAAAUUUAUGGACUACUACAGGUUUACCAGCAAAAAGGCCUGCUACGUUAAAUUUAACCUUGCCUCAGAAUUUACAACAAUCAUCUUGUAACCGAAGUAUUAAUAAAAAAAUAAGACCAAUAGUUGGAACAUUGGUAAAUAAACCCGAAGAAGAAUUAGGUAGCGAAUCUCCAGAAAGUGGAAACCGUGAUGAAGGUUAUUCAACAAUGUCAUCUGACGUACAAGGUGAAGUAAAUCGAAGUCAAAGUGAGCCGAAUCGUGGAUUAGAAGAUUUAGCUGAAGUAACUGAUGAAACUGCCGAUACACAAUCUGAAAAACGAUUUAUUGUAGUCGAUGUACAAGAUCGAACUGAAUCCGAUAUUUUAUAUAUACCUAUUAAUUUAGCAUUAAGAAUAAAUCCUAGAAAUAGUUAUCCACCAACAAAAGACCUUUUACCGUUCCAACAUGUAAUGCGUAGCUUUUCUGAUUCACAUUUAUGUAUAAAAAUUACAACGGCGCCAUCUCCUUGUUAUUCGAUUUCUUCGCCGAUCACUAGUACACCAAGCGUACUUUUAUUAGAUGUAAACCCAUUACGUCGAACUAGAGGCAAUGCAUCAUUAGCGCCUGUAGAUUCAUGGGGUAGUAAUCUUGAUUUAGAACCAACUAAUCAACAUUGGGACUCCGAGUAUAUCCAACAUUGGUUAAAAUUAGAUGAAACUAGAUCAAAUUUACAACAACAGCAUAGAGAUUUAUUAGAACUCGAAUACGAUCGUGCUGAGUUAGAAGAUUGGAGCCUAAGUCUUUCAGCGGAAGAUGUACGUGAUACCCAAAUAACAGAACCAAUACAAACUCCUGGUCAAGUCUCAAUUGCUACGUUGCCGAGCAUUCAAGAAGGAAGUACUGUUGAACUGGAAGAAGAUUCUAGUGAGUGUUUAUGGAAUGAUUCUAGCUAUUUAGCAGAUCGUACAGGUGGUGAAUUAGUAUCUUUAUUAAUGGACACGGAAACAGGACGUGAAAUCGAAGUAUCUUGGCCAUAUGCUGCAAGUCAUGAUGUAUCUUCACCACCCGAAAGUUGGUCAAGUGUUUCUGAAGAUGAUCCAUGUUCCAAAAGAUCAUCUGCAGCUAUGAGUGGCUGCAGUGAUGACGCUCCCGUCAUUGGUACAAACUUUACACGAGAUUUUUACCGACUUGUUAAAUUUGAAAGCACAAAAAGCCUUGCGUCGUGUUCAUCACGUGGAACUGGCCAACAAGAACAUCAAUUUGAUCGUGAACAAACUCUACAAAGUGUAUUAAGUUUUAUCGCCGAACAACAAAUGUAUUGUAAUAAUCAAGAACAUCGUGAUUCGCGACCAUCGUCAGCUAGGGAUUUUAAUAUUGAGGGACCACCACAAUCGAGAUUAGAGGAAGUAAUAUGGACUGAUUCAUGUACAAGCACAGAACCACUUUCAUCGGAAAUUGAAUCUCAACACACAGAUGAAAUAUAUAAGAAUGAAAAUUAUAGUGAUAGUGAAAAUUACGUAAGCUUUCAACAUUUACGUAAUGAAUUAGCUUUAAAUGAACAGAACACGUUAAAGGAUUUACAAAUACCAGAUUGUAUUGUAAAUGCUGUCUUUAAAGAUGAUAAAAUGAAUAGUGAGCAAUCGCAGAAUUCAAGUACGGAAAUCAAAUCUAGUAAACCAUUUAAUAAAAGCAAUGGCGUAUCCUUAGAUAUUCAUAUUAUUGAAAAACAAAAUAGUGGAAAUUUAAAAAUUUCAAGUGAAAUCAACAAUAUAAUAACUCCACCAGAUCUUGUAAAUGGUGAAAAUUCAACUCGAGUGAAUAGUAGUUUAAUUACUGUACCAGAAGAAGAAGAAACUUCACCACCAACAACAUUAACAGAAUCAUUUACAUCAAGUGUAUCAACACCAGAUACAAUUGUUAGUCGAAUACCACGUCGAUCAAAAAUUCCAAAAUCAAAUAUACCAAUAAAUUGUAAUAAAUCACCACCGAUUAAAGAACCAGAAUCUUCCUCACUCAGUACAAAAACAACUGAAACAACUAAAAAACCAGUAAAAAGUCGAAUACCAUAUAAACAUAAAUCGACCGUAGUACAAAUUGUGAAAAAAGAAGCGGAGAAAAAAGUACAACCUGUGAUAACUUCAGAACGUUUACCACAAUUUGCGAGUAGUGGUAUACCAGCGUGUAGUGUAAUUGAAGGUCCACCAGAACGAGCUGUCAGUUUUCAUGAACGGGCCACUUCAAAAGAUGUUAUCGAUGAAUUAAAUCGAAUGAUUCGUAAAAGUGAUGAUGGUACAAAUGUUGCAGAAUCAACAGAUGAGAAGAUUUCAUCAAAAAAGUUGGAUAGCUGUUGUUAUGCCACGGGAUGGGUACAUGUUGAAAAAGAUAUAGAUUUUAAUGAUCCAAAGGCAAGAGCAAAUUUAUUAGACGUAAUGUUAGCAUCAAGUGAUUCAUCUCCUACAUCAUCGUGUGGCGGAAGUGUUAGCAGUGAGUCCAAUGACGAUAGAUCGGAUUACAAACAUCUACACAAAAUUCAUCGGUAUCGUCGACAAAAGAAAGCGUCAGCAGCACGUGCACAACUUGUUGAUGGCGCCACCCGUUGUCCAAUUACAAAUGUAACGUCAGUGUCAACAUCACGGCCAUCUAUUAUUGGACGUGAUAACUUCUUUGUAAGAUAUGGUGAAAAGGAACGAGAAGCAGUAGCUAGUUUCGAUUUUUUGAAAGAUUAUUGUUCAACAACAGCUAGUAAUUGUUCAUCGAUUGAAGAAGAAUAUCCUUUAUUUCAAAAUGAUUCUGUACAACAAACAAUCCAAGCUUCAAAAAUUGGUUAAACAAAUUUUCAUUUUUCAAUUAUAUUUAAAAACAAUGGAAAUUUUUUUCGAUUUGUUUUUUAAACUAGUCACUUU